CACUACCAGUUAUACCGUCAACGCCUUUGUCCCAUACGAUCCAUUACGAUCUAAAUUGUUCACUCCCGAUCGUUCUUUCACUCGCACAUUUACAGUUACAGUUAGUUCCUAUUCCACCUUCCGCGCACCAAACUUCCUCUUCGUCCUCGUCAUUCUUCCCCGCAGCAUGAGCAAUUCAACGCUGCACGAAAUUUCUCCCAACGCCGAGAUUGUCUCGCGUCAACAGGCACUCCAGGUCAACGUCGCCGCUGCUGUCGGACUCUCCAACGUACUCAAGUCCAACUUGGGACCCACGGGAACUUUGAAACUGCUCGUCGGGGGGACGAUUGAGCAACUCAAGUUGACCAAAGAUGGACUCACCUUGCUGAAAGAAAUGCAGAUACAGCAUCCCACCGCAGCGCUCAUUGCCCGUACCGCUACGGCACAGGACGACGUCACCGGUGACGGAACCACGUCGGUCGUCUUGUUGACGGGAGAAUUGCUCCGACAAGCCGAACUCCUCGUACGGGAAGGAUUGCACCCACGGGUACUCACCGAUGGACUCGAUACGGCACGGGAUGCCUGUUUGGAAGUCCUGAAAGCAUUUGCCGUAGCUCAUCCGGAUCUAAUCCAUAAUCGGGAUCUAUUGCAGCAAAUUGCCCGGACCUCUCUGGCGACCAAACUCGACGGUCCUCUUGUGGAUCAGAUGUCUUCGGCGGUCGUCUCGGCCAUUCAAACGAUAUACGAACCAGACACGCCGCUCGACUUGCACCGCGUGGAAAUACUCACUUUGGCUCGCCACCGGGCCGUCGAUUCCAAAUUCGUUGCCGGUUUAGUGCUCGAUCACGGUGCCCGCCACCCCGACAUGCCCACACAACUCCUCAACGUCAAGGUCAUGACCUGCAACAUCUCGCUCGAAUACGAACAAACCGAAACGCAGGCCGGUUUCGUCUACUCCACUGCCGAAGAACGCGAAAAGCUCGUCGAAAGUGAACGUGUUUGGUUGGACGAGCGUUGUCGGCGCAUUGUGGAAUUCAAGCGCCAAGCCUGUGCAGACGGCGAGACCUUUUGCAUCAUCAAUCAAAAAGGUGUGGAUCCGUUGAGCUUGGACAUGUUCGCCAAGGAAGGUAUCCUUUGCCUGCGUCGGGCCAAACGUCGCAAUAUGGAACGUCUCACGCUCGCAACCGGCGGUAGUAUCAUUCUCAGUCUCGAAGAUUUGGAAACCAGCAUGCUGGGCUACGCCGGUAGCGUCAAGCAAGUCACCUACGGCGAAGACAAGUACACGUUCGUGGAAGACUGCCCCAAUUCACAGUCCGGGACUCUACUUUUACAGGGACCAAAUAAGUUGACGACCGAACAAAUCAAAGACGCCGCCAAAGACGGCUUACGGGCCGUCAAAAAUGCCGUAGAAGACGGCGCCCUCGUGCCCGGAGGCGGCGCCUUUGAAAUUGCCGCUUCGGAACAUUUACUGCACAAAGUCGUGCCCACGCUCAAAGGCAAAACGAAACUGGGCGUACAAGCGUACGCACAGGCGCUUUUGGUCAUUCCCAAAACGCUCGCCGCUAAUUCGGGUUUUGACGUCCAGGACGUCCUGCUGAAACUUCAGGAUGAACGCAACUCAACCAACAUGGCGAUUGGUUUGGAUGUCAAAACGGGGGAACCCAUGUUGAGCGCGGAACAGGGUGUAUGGGACAAUGUCCGGGUCAAACGUCAAGGCUUGCAUCUGGCCACGGUCUUGGCCAACCAGCUACUGCUCGUGGACGAAGUCAUGCGGGCUGGCAAACAAAUGGGGAGAAAUGCCCAACCAAAUCCGGAAAUGAUGGGAUAG